CUCUUCAGCACAUCACUAAGCUUAGGUGUCAAAUUUCAUUAAUUCUACUUGUUUAACUUUUUUCUUUAUUUCAAUAAUUUACGUCAUACGUAUUUACUUAUGAACUAAAUAGAAAUUUUUAUACUUAUAGGUAACCAAUAUUUAAUUUAAUUUGUGUAAAUAUUAUAUACAAAAUGCAGAAUCCAAAUGAAGAUACAGAAUGGAAUGAUAUCCUGCGAUCGAAGGGUAUUCUUCCCCAGAAGGAGAAAGAGGUCUCAGAGGAUGAAAUCGUGAAUAUGAUCGAAGAAACUAUUAAACAGAAACAAGCUGAAAAGGACAAACAAUUAUCAGAACUAGACUUGGAUGGCCUUGAUGAGUUGGAAGACUCAGAAGAUGAGGCCGUGAUAGAGGAAUACAGAAGGAAGCGCAUUGCUGAGCUCAAGAGGUUGGCAGAAAAGCCACGGUUUGGAGAUGUGAUGGAGGUGUCCGGACAGGACUAUGUACAGGAAGUUAACAAAGCUGGAGAUGGCAUCUGGGUGGUUAUACACUUGUACAAGCAAGGUAUCCAACAAUGUGCACUAAUCAAUCAACACAUGCGGCAGCUAGCGGCCAAGUUUCCAUACACAAAAUUCCUAAAAGCAGUAGCACAGACAUGCAUCCCAAACUUUCCUGAGAGGAACUUGCCCAGUUUGUUUGUUUAUUUCGAGGGUGAUAUGAAGAAGCAGUUCAUUGGACCUCACGAGUUGAGAGGCACAGCACUCACAUGUGAUGAACUGGAAUAUAUAUUAGGCUUAGUGGGCGCAGUGGACACCAAAAUUAAAGAGGACCCCAAACCAAAAAUUAAAGACAAGCUAUUUGCAGAUCUGGGAUCUAAUGAUUGGUGAUAAAUACAUUUUACCAUCCUUCGAUAGUAUGUGUGUGUGUGUGUGUGAAUGUGCGAGUGUCACUUUGCUAUUGAAUGCGGGUUAUUGUCUAAGCUUGAGGUGCAAUUAUUUAUUUAGUACUUAUAAAGAAUCAAUAACAUAAUGUUGAUAUUAUUAUAGUAUUUUUAUGGAACAAAACUUCAUCGAUGAAUGACUUCAUAAUAAAAUGUUAAUUUUAAUAUCA